UUGAAAACUUACAGAGAUGCUUCUUUAAAACACAAAUACUCUGCAAUAGGCAAUGGACAAUCGACAAUAGGUGCAGGAGGAGGCCAUUCGACCCUUCGAGCCAGCACCGCCAUUCAAUGUGAUCAUGGCUGAUCAUCCACAAUCAGUACCCCGUUCCUGCCUUCUCCCCAUAUCCCCUGACUCCGCUAUCUUUAAGAGCCCUAUCUAACUCUCUCUUGAAAGUAUCCAGAGAACCGGCCUCCACCGCCCUCUGAGGCAGAGAAUUCCACAGACUCGCCACUCUCUGUGUGAUCAUGUGCAGACAGAUGAGAUGAGUUCAACCUGUCCCGAAUAAACUCCACCUGCCGUUUCUCUGCCCAACCCUGCACCUCAUCUACAUCCUGCUGUCCACAUUGACGGCCUUCUCCGCAGGCCGCAACUCCAGCAAUCUUGGGCCCAUCUGCAAACUUACGAACCAACACGUCCAUGCUGAUGUCCAAGUCUUGUAUGUCUAAUCACUCACAACAGAGGCCCUCAAGUCCUGGCAACAUCCUUGUAAAUCUGGGCUCGAAGGGCCGAAUGGCCUCCUCCUGCACCUGUUGUCUAUUGUCACCUCUGAUUCUUCUCCUCUUCCCCCUUCCCAAAUCUCCAGCCAUCCCAAAUGCCCACAGAAGGAUGAGGAUAUCCUGGAGGAAGCAAGGAGGAGCGCUGACAGGGGGAGUGGAUCUUCGGGACAACGCUCUGGUCAUCAGCAUCCCUGGCCUUUACUUUGUCUACACCCAGGUGACUUUCUACAACAGUAGCUGCCCGGACAAUCUCGCCUUCCUCAGCCACAACCUCCAGAAGCUAUCGACGUCCUACAGAGGCAGACAGACCCUGCUCAGCUCAAUGGCGUCCACCUGCCGAGGCAACAACCACUCGGACACCUGGUUCGAGUCCUCCUACCAUGGUGCAGCCUUCAAGUUGGCCAAAGGGGACCAGCUCUUCUCCGUGGUCAGCCCUGGUGCCAUGGCCUAUGUCAACAGCGAUGCGGAGAAGACUUAUUUUGGGCUGUUUGCUCUAUCAAGAAGCCCUCCUACUUAAAACCUCAAUGGUGGAUGAGGAGUGAGAAAGACAAGGGGUGUGCAGAGUAACAAAAUGGGGGGGGAGAAGUGGGAUGGAGGGGCGUAGCUCCAUCAGUCAACGCAGGUAGAUUGUGCCAUUAGUCAUUAGUACGUCACAUGUACCGAGGUACAGGGAAAAGCUUUUGUUGCAGCCUUUCCAGGCAGCGGAAAGACAAUACAUGAUGCCACAGUGUACAGAUAUAUGAUAAAGGGAAUAUCGUGAAUGAAAUUUAGUGCAAGGUAAAGUCAGUAAAGUCCAAUCAAAGUUACUCCAGCUACUUGUGUCUAUCUUUGAUUUAAACCAGCAUCUGCAGUUCCUCCUCACACAAAAUCCAAUCGAAUAUUGUCCAAGAGUCUCCAAUGAUAUAGAUAUUAGCUCAGGGCUGCUCUCAGGCUGUUGGUAGGAUAGUACACGGCAUGCUUGCCUUCAUUGGUCAGGGCAUCAAAUACCUGGGAGUCCACAUCACAGAGGAUCUGACAUGGACAACACACACUGCCGCACUGGUGAGUAAGGCAAGGCAGCGCCUUUACCACCCCAGGCAGCUGAGGGAAUUCAGAGUCUCUCUGUGGAUCCUUCAGUGCUUCUACUUUGGGGCUGUAGAAAGCAUCUUGUCAGCUUCCUAAUUUGAGGAAGGACAUUCUUGCUAUUGAGGGAGUGCAGCGCAGGUUUACAAGGUUAAUUCCCGGGUUGGCGGGACUGUCAUAUGCUGAGAGAAUGGAGCAGCUGGGCUUGUACACUCUGGAGUUUAGAAGGAUGAGAGGUGAUCUCAUUGAAAAGUACAAGACUGUUAAGGGUUUGGACACACUAGAGGCAGGAAACAUGUUCCCGAUGUUGGGGGUGUCCAGAACCAGGGGCCACAGUUUAAGAAUAAGGAGUAAGCCAUUUAGAACGGAGACGAGGAAACACUUUUUCUCACAGAGAGUGGUGAGUCUAUGGAAAUCUCUGCCUCAGGAGGCAGGUUCUCUGGAUGCUUUCAAGAGGGAGCUAGAUAGGGCUCUUAAAAAUAGCAGAGUCAGGGGAUAUGGGGAGAAGGCAGGAAUGGGGUACUGAUUGUGGAUGAUCAGCCAAGAUCACGGUGCUGGCUCGAAGGGCCGAAUGGCCUACUCCUGCACCUAUUGUCUAUUGACCAUCAUGCUACUCAGAGGCUGGUUAUUUUCUUUAUUCCACAGAUUUUGAAAAUCUCAUCGAUCCCAACAUUCUCUCAUCAACACCUACCACGUAUAUAUGAAAAGUCAUAGAGCUAUAUAGUGUGGAAACAGGCCCUUUGGCCCAACUUAGCCAUGCUGGCCAGUAUGCCUCAUCUACAGUAGUCUCACCUGCUUGCAUUUGGCCUAUAUCCAUCUAAUUGUCUAUUGUCUAUAAACCGAUCCUAUCCAUGUAACUGUCCAAAUGUUUUUCAAAUGCUGUGACUGUACCUUUCUCAACCACCUUCUCUGGCUACUCAGCCCAAAAAACCUCUCACCUUUUGGGUAAAAAAAGUUCCCCUUCAGGUUCCUGUUAAAUUGAUCCCCCUCACGUUAAGCCUAUGUCCUGUGGUUCUUGAUUGCCCCACUCCAGGGACAUGCGGUCAGGGUGGGUGGGCGGAGCCUCACCUGUCAUACGCCAAU